AAACUCUGAAAAUAUUAUCAUCAGCAUCAAAUACGAUAGAUCGAAAGAACGGAAUUGUUGAACAAGAUCAGAGACACAAUAGUUAUAGGAAAUUAAUUUGUUGGAUUUUAUAUUCGGAAGAAGAAUAAUUUAUUAAAACAAUGGGACAUACAGCCUUUGAAUAUUUCCAAUUAUUGGAUGGAUUGGGAAAGGUAGAAUCAUUGUGUGUGUGGUGCAAUACUCUUUUUGUGGCCACCACUGAUGGUACCUUAUCCCUUUACAAUAUUCGAUAUGAUAAAAAGGCAAACAAGGAAAAGUUUACUUGUGCUCUGGACAGUCAAAAGAAACAAUUUAGCAAAAAGCCAAUCACUCAAAUGUGCUCAGUUCCAGAAUUGGGAAUGUUGAUUUGUUUGACAGAUGGAUUUAUUAAAGUAUAUACUCUCGGAAUGUUGAGUGAAAUUGAUACACUCAAGAAUUUAAAGCAAAAUCAAUUGAAGGGAUGCAUGUUUUUUGCUCUGAAAAAGCACAAUGGUGAAUUUACAAUGGCAGUUGCAUCAAAGAAAAAGAUUUCAAUCUUUGAAUAUGGUAGUAAGGAAUCUAAAUUUAAAUAUCAACAGGAAUUGGUUCUGCCAGAUGCUGCCAAAUCUUUGAAUUGGAGUGGCGACAAGCUCUGUGUUGGUUUCAAAAAGGAAUAUUCAUUAAUUGAUGUAUUAAAGCCAUCUGCCAUGCCACAAAAACUUUUCGAUACAGGUGUUUCACAACAAAAUACUCUUGGAUUAUCACUUCCCAAUGAAACUAUUGUGGUUUUGAAUGGAAUUGGUGUGACCAUCAACUUUUCUGGUAAACCUUCACGAUCACAUGGUAUUGGAUGGAGUGAAGCUCCAAACAUGAUUGGCUAUUUGAAACCAUACCUCAUUGCACCACUCUCUGUUUUUGUUGAGGUUAGAAUUUUGAGUACCACUGUGAAAAAGGAUACUUUCAUUCAGAGUCUUCCACUCAAGGAUAUCAUUACAACAAGUCAACAGAAUUUCAUUGAUUUGGAUCAUCCAGAAAAUAUGGAUCAUGGUAUGGGUGUUGGAUUCAAGGUAAGAAAUGAACUCGACAGAGAUGACACCAUUGAUCCAGAAAAUAGAAUUUUCCUCGCUUCAAAGAGUUCCAUCUAUGUUAUGGUAAUGAAACAAUUUGAUUUGCAAGCUGGAGAACUCUUAUCCAAUCAACAAUUUGAAUUGGCUCUCCAUCUCUGUAAUACUGUAGAGAAUACCAGAUAUAAGAUUGAAGAUUGGAGAGUUAGUUCCAUUCACACACAAUUUGGUUUUCACUUGUUUGCCAAAGGUGAAUUUGACAAGGCAAUGGAACAUUUUGAUAAGACUAAAGAUGAUCCACGUAUGAUUAUUUCACUCUUCCCUGAUUUGUUACCACCAAAAUCUUCAUUUAAAUUCUCCCUCCCUUACACUUCUGAAGAGCAACGAAAGAUUGAUCACUUUUUAAAGGAUAUUGAACAAAGAAAUAAGGCCCUUCAAGCCCUGAUUCAAUACUUGCUUCACAGAAGAACAACAGAAAAGGAUUUGAAUGAGCAAGCUCUAGAUGAAGCUGAGGCAGUUGAUACAGCAUUAUUGAAGGCACUUUUAUACACUAAUGACCCUCACGUUGAAGAUUUUAUCACCCAACCAAAUCAUUGUAACAUUAUGGACAGUCAAAAGACCCUCCACUCCCAUCAAAAGUUUAGAGAGUUGGUUCUCUUCUACAAGACCAAAGGGUUGCACGAUAGAGCUCUUGAAUUGUUGAAAUUAUUGGGAGACAAGUCAUCAGCAACAUCUAUUUACACCGACUUGAUUGGUGUCAUGCCAACUAUUAACUAUUUGAAGGAAUUACAACAGGUUGGAGAAGGACAACAGUACAUUUUAGAAUUCUCAAAGUGGGUACUCAGUGCUGAGCCACUUCGUGGUUUAAAGAUUUUCCAAGUACCAAAUUGUCCAAUUAGUGUAAAUGAAAUUUUAUCUCACUUGGAUUUGUUUGAUCAUGCUCUGGCCAUGAAGAUUGCCUAUUUGGAACACUUGAUUAAGGUUGAAAAAUCUGUGGAUCCAAACCUUCACAAUCAACUUUUAUUGUACUAUUUGGAAUAUGUGACCAAAUACUCAACAUCAGCAUCCAACUAUGAGGAAGAUAGUAUUCCUGGACUCCUUCAACCAGUUAAGGAUGUCAAGCGUAGAAUGAACGACUUUUUGACCCACUCUACUUUUUACCACUCUGAAAAGAUGCUUUCGAGAUUCCCAUUCGAUUCCCUGUACGAAGAGAGAGCUAUUUUGUUGAGUAAGAUUAAUAGACACUCCCAAGCUCUGACUAUCUAUGUUACCAAAUUGGAAAGUAUGGAUAAGGCUGAGAAAUAUUGCGAGCAACACUAUAAUCCAGAUGGAAGUGAAGAAAGUAGGGAAAUAUUUAUCAUUCUUCUCAAUAUGAUUUUAAAGCAAAGUGCCAGUACAGAAAACAAUUUAUUCUUUGAAGAUGCUAUUGGAUUAUUGGAACGUCACUUUUCAAAGAUUGACUUGAUCAAGGCAAUUAAAUUGCUCCCAGAAAAUGUUCCAAUAUCUGAUUUGAUGAAGUACUUUGAAGCAACUCUGAGGUGCCAUACGGAACAAAAGAGACGUGCUCAAAUUAUGAAAAAUAUCAAUCGAUCUGAGAAUCUCCAAGUUCACGAAGAAGUCAUUAAGGAAAGAAAGAGAGUUGUAAAGGUUAAACCAGAUAGAACUUGUGCAGUGUGCAAUAAGAAAUUAGGUAUGAGUGCCUUUGUUUGUUAUCCUAAUGGUGUCGUUACACAUUAUAUUUGUGCUAAAAACAUGAACGUUUGUCCAGUCACAGGUAAACACUUUAUGAAAUUGUAAUAAAUUAUUUUUUGUAAACUGAUUUAUUU